UGGCCACUGAUGGCACGAGCUAUCGAUAAAGCGACAAAGCAGUUGGCAAGCAGUUUUAUACAGCAUUUGAUACAUCACGUUUGUGUAUAUACGAGUUGUUCAAAGUUUCUUUUUUGCAAUUUGAAUAAUUUUAGAUUUUUUUGCCAUAUGCGAGAAAGAAUCUCUAAUAAACAAUUCUAACCAAAGUGAAUUCAUCAUGACUCAUGUGAUGUAUCAUUAUUAAUUUUCAUAUUUCGCGUUCGAGAUGUAUCGUAAUAGUACCAGGUAAUAUCCCAAAAAUUAUAGUCGAUUAUAAAAUUGAAGUGCAAGCGAUAACAAUAAAAUGGCAGUGGAAUUGUGGAAGUAUAUUUUAUUAGUUGUUAUCAUAAAUUCAGUGACCUCCGAAAGAAUAAAGGACAUGAUAUAUAUGCCCUUCGAUGGUGUAGCUGCAUGUUUCCGAAGACACAAUGGUACACAUCAGUUCGGAUGUUCCUCUAGUAGAUCAGGAAGUGUAGGCGUAGUACAUUUGGUGGAGGUAGAGAGUGAUAUUGCUUGGAUAGAAAAGAACGCUACUGCCGGUCCAUAUACCGUGGUCCUUUCAUUUGAGAUGUUCAACAGAACCACGCUCCUAAGAUUAAAAGAUUCAAACAAUAUAAAUGGAGUGCUGCUGACAAAAAAUAUCAGCUAUGAGCGUCCGUUACAUUAUUCACCUGAAGACGAGUGUCCCAAUCGAUACUCUGGUUAUAAGAAAUGCAAUAACAAAAAGCCAUGGAAUCCCUUUGGAAAUGCAGUACUCAUGGAAGAUUGGCCAUUUCCCAUGUUUUACACAGAGAAUCAGACAGCCUUGGAGGCUAUAAAAUCUUGUUUCUGGAUGCACAAUGCGCACGAUCUUGAAACACAAUAUCAGAGGUCUCUUUGUGCGAUAGAAAUGAAGUCAUUCAUGUACGCUGCCAUUAACUCGGAAUCUUGUAUAAAGCGUACAGAUUUAAUAUUGAAUUUCAAUCCGACACAGUUUUGUGAUCCGCUUGGAGAUAGAAAUAUACACUGGCCCUUAGCGCCUCUCGAUGAGAGUAACAAUACAGUAAUAAUAGUAACGGCACGAUUGGAUGCGUCGUCUUUAUUCGAUGGCGUGUCACCCGGUGCGGGUAACGUCGUAACAGGACUGGUUACUUUACUUGCCACUGCGUACUAUCUGAAUUCCUUAAAUGCCACUGUGGACAAGACGAACGUUGUAUUUUCUCUGCUGAAUGGAGAGGCAUUCGAUUAUAUAGGAUCCAGUCGUAUGGUGUACGACUUGAAACACAACAAUUUUAACGCUCUUGGUGGAAUCAAUUUGAAAUUCGACGAUAUCCUGAGUGUGAUUGAGUUUGGUCAGUUGGGCCCGGGAAAGAUAUUUCUUCACAGUAACGGCGAAGACGAUAUGAUAACUCGUCUGGGGAACGCGUUGAAGGCGAAGAUUAAAUAUGGUAGUGUCCCACCUACGUCCGUGCAAAGUUUUCUGGAGGCGAAACCUAAUCUAACGACCGUCGUUAUAAGCAAUCAUGAGGAACAAUUUAAGAAUCGAUAUUAUAAUAGCAUCUUGGAUGACGCGGAGAGUCUCGGUUUUGAUAAAAACGAUACUAGCACGCUUGCAUCAGAUUUAGCGAAAAUUGCUCUUCAGGUUGCUAAUGAGCUUUAUCGAGAGGUGACGGGCGAGGCGCCGCAGCCUGCCGAGCUGCCAGUACCUAUGGAGAAGCUUAUCUCGGACAUGCUAGAUUGUUAUUUGGAGAGCGCGAAGUGUAAUCUGUUUCGUGCGGCUUCGUCGCCUAAUACUAAAUUGGUCGAUCAGGUUUUGCCGUUGUACGUCGGGGUGCACAGAGCGCUUAACAUCGCGACGACUUUGACGGGCCAGCUUUUAGCAUAUCUAACUGGCGAAAAGCUCUAUGAGAUGAACGAAUCAAUGUGCUAUGAAAAUCGACUCGCCUGGAUGAGCGGUCCAAACUACACAGGCUUAUGUAUCAAUUCAACUGUCAAUUACAGUACAGCCGUGAGUCCUGCGUUUAUUAUCGAUGGAUACGAUAUGAAAUCGGGUAUCUACUCAACUUGGACAGAGUCUAUAUGGCAAACGUUAAGCGUUAGAAUGUUUCUCAAACCAGCAGCAGCGACGGAACGCUUCAAUCUGAUUUUGGGUAGCUUGAUCACCGGUUUCUCAUUCAUAUUAGUAUGGUUUAUUAAUAAUAGAGCUAACGUGCUAUUUAAUUCGAGGAGAACCGUUGAUUGCUAGGGAUACGCUGCGGACCACAUAUCAAUGACCAGGUUAGAUAAUCAUCAAGAAGAUCGAGAUGUUCCAAUAACUAGCCUUUAACCUUGUAUGUGUGGUACGCCCUCGGAAGAUUUUUACAGCCCGAAAACUAUCUGGAUGUCACGUUAUAAUUCUUAAAAUUUUUAUCUUAUUUAUCAUCAUUGCUUCAUCCGCAGUGUUCAAUUGAAAAAAAUCACGGAUGCAUCUUUGAUACUCAAUGUAAAGUGAAUCUUUCUUUUAGCUUCUUUUUUAUAAUAUCUAUAUUAUAAAUUAUUUAUGAAGUUACAUAUAUGAGAAAAGACAUUAAACGGGUAACUCGAUAAAAUUAACGGUUUUGUAUUGUGUACGCGUGUAUAUAAAUGAAUGUAUGUGUAUGUGUGUAUAAGGUAUAGUCGCAUUAAUAAGAUUUUGUAAAAAAUAAAAAUUAUAUAAAAGAACGCAAGCAUAGCAACUUCUUUUAAUAGCAAUAAAAGUUUGUUACUCAUGUAACAUUAAAAAAUCGAUCGUGAAAAAGUAUAUCUCUUUCUGCCCCUCUUACUCUUUUGCCAAGUUAUCUUUGAAGGAUAACAAUAUAUGAAUUAUGAGAUCUUUUUGCUAUAAAUAUUAAAUCUCGAGUGCAUAUUUCCCUAAUAAUUUUCACUUUACACACAAUUAUAUAACUUUUCAUUAAAGCAACAAAAUAUGAACGUGGUACAAAAACGUAUCGACAAUAUUAAACAAAUGGCAUCUUACAUAAUUAUGAUAAGAAUAAAAAGGGAAUAAUGCAAGCGUGAUGGCAUUUAUUAUCGAUAAACAACUUAUUUAACAGGGCACUGAUGUACACGGGAAAGAAUUUAAUUUGUAUAUCUAUGCUUUGUGUGUUUUUUUAGUAUACAUAUAAGUAUAUAAUGUGUUUCUCAUUUACGACUCGAAAUUUGAACAAAGUUAGAAAUGGGCCGUUCUCGGAAGAAGGUUGAUUCAGAUUUAAGAGAGAGAGAGAGAGAGAAAUGUACAGAAUCUCACUGUAUUCUAGAUAAUCAAAGGUAGAGUGUUAUCAGGAUAUACUUAACUAGUUCAACAUCUAUAAAUUGGACAAUUUUUCCUGCGCUGCUUCUCAUUUGCCACUCGAUCAGGCACGCAAUAAAAUAUGUGAAAAGAAAUCACUUUUUCAUCUUGAACACAUGCAUUGAAAUAAAACCGGAGAAGUCACCCAGAAUUAGAAUAUUAUUCCAGAAAUUUAAUCCAGAUGAAUUAGAAAUACGGAGAUUUAUAGUAAGAAGCAAGCACAUAAUAAUGAAAUUCUGUGAAUAACACGUUAACUUUUGUGUCGAUUUUCAUACCUAUGUGUAAUAUAAUUUCUGUAUUUUUUUAUUAUAUAUACAUAUAAUUAUAUUAUACAC